CACAAAAGGUAUUUCAACUAGAAAGUGGGUUUUUCUAUCGAUUGUUACGUGUCGCUUUUGUUACACAACGCUAUUGGAUUGAAGAAAAUCAAGUAAGAAAUGGCUCGUUUGUCAAUCUGUUUCGAUUUGAUGUUGAUUUUAAGUUGUGGGACAAUUUGUUCCUCUGCUCUUACCCCAUUUUCCUUGGAAGACAAACUGCAAGAAUUAGAAGUGAGACUAGAAGCCAAAAUUGAGUCUAAAAAUGCUCAACUUGAAGAAAAGGUGGCACAACUGGAGGUGCAACUUGAACUAAAUAAUGAACUAAGACUAGAUUUGGCAUUGAAAGUAAAACAAUUAGAGGCCAAAAAUGUCCAACUGGAAGAAAAAAUUGGAAAACUGGAGGCCAAAGUUGAACAACAAGAUUCGCUUUUUAAAACUUGUUUUUCACGAGAGAAAAAUGAACGCACAGCAGCAGCAACCGACUCUGUUUCAUUUAUCAAUAAUCAAUCGGAUGUUGCCAUCAACGGACUGCCGUCUUCGUGCGAGGAUCUCAAACUGAUUGGGCACACCCUGAACGGAUUUUAUUUCGUCAUGGGACCAGUGAAAAUGGAAUCCGUUUACUGCGAUUUCACUAAACUUCCUAGCGAUGCGGGUUUCCAGAAAUGGAUAGGAUACGCCGAUGUCAAAACGACGCCCGUCCAUUUCUACGUCCAGAGAAAUUCUUCGUUUUCCACCCAAGACACUCCGAUUCCGUUCGAGUUGGCGCGGGUGAACGAGGGAAACGCCAUGGAUUUGGCGUCGGGGAUAUUCACGGCACCGCGGCCGGGAAUUUAUUUCAUUUCUUUCGCGGGAGUGGCGCGUCUUUUUUCAUCUGUUGAUCAAGUUGAUUUUUAUUCUCGUCUUUACUUGAACGGGAAUCUAAUCGGGUCGAGUAAUGUUAACCAGAAUAACGUCCCCGUUUAUCUAUACAGUCCUGUGACCCUCCAGUUGACGCUGAAAUUGGAAAAAGGCGAUCGAAUCUGGGUGACGAUUAAUUAUUACGGCGAAUAUUCAUCCUCGUUUUUGUAUGAUGACGGUUCCCAUUCGACUCAUUUCACGGGUUUCAUGUUGGAGGAGGAAAUUGUGGCGUCCCUUUGAGGUUCAACUUCAUCGGCGACACGAAACAUUUUCGACCCGAACAUUUUUGUUUCAUGUCGACACGAAAUUUUGGGGAAGGAAAUUUUAAGGAGGAAAGGAAGAAAAUUCGUUCGACUCUAACUCAUUUAGGGGUAGACAUUUCUGUACCAAAAUUUGACUGUGAAUGCAAAAUUGCAAAUACUCUUACUGAAUACACAAACCAAAUUUGAAA